UCUCGAGUCAGUUUCUGGUGGAAUGGCUGGCGUUCCAAACGCGAAACGCGCUCGAAUCGAGCUGGACCGCGCGGAUGCCGACGAUGGCGCGACCCGAAGCUCGAGCAUGUGCGAUCAGGCUGGCAUCUCAUCCGAGGAGGGCGAGCACGCGACCGAGCCAGCGCGGCGCCGUCGCGUCGUCGUUGUCGCCGCACCAUUGAGCGGUGCCACUGAGACUGAAGGCGCUUCUCCAAGGGACGCAUUCGAACAGCCGCCUGCUCAAGCGGAUGGCGCACUACAGCCACUGUUGCCCACAGCGGAGCACACACACGACGGAGAGCGAGAUGCCUCAGAGUCGAAUGCAGUCGCGCCGGCGGGCGAUUCAGACGACCUUGUGCUGGAUGUCACUUCGCUCGUCGAUCUCCACAAUGCACAUCGCCUGAUGGAGUUUGAUUGGCGUCGAUCACGCUCGGCAUCCACCGUCAGCUGGCGUGAUCGGUGUGUGAUGGACCGAACCUUUGAUGUGCGCGCGCUGGCGCUCUCAGACUCCCAGCGUGCACUGUGGGAUGCGCACCCGCACUGUCGACAAGCAUUCAUACACGAGUGCCAUCAAGUGCUUGAGCGGGAUGCUCGACUCUCAGCUGCCGACCGUCUGCUCACCGAUGCGAGCCCAAGUUCCCCGUACCGUCGUCGCGAAGGCCAGAUGAAAACCGUCGACCACUGGGGCCAAAGGAAACUGCUCAUAUCAGAGAUUGAGUUUCUGACCAUGCACGCCACCCAAGCAGAUGUGCCUGUGGUUGUCAUUUAUGUUGGCGCCGCGCCGGGAAACCACAUUCAGUUCUUGGCUGACGAGCUCUUCCCCACCGUUCGCUUUGUGCUUUAUGACCCUCGGCCAUUUGAAAUUGAGGCAUCAGAGAUGGUCUCUAUCCAGCAAGAGCGAUUUACGGACGAGAUUGCGCGAAACCUUGCGCCUUCUUGCUCAGACGUGCGUUUGCUGCUGAUCAGCGAUGUUCGCUCCUACGAGGACGUCAAUGGCGUGGCGGUUGUUUCAAUGGCCACCCAGCGUGAGACUGUGGCAGCGGAUAUGUCCGUUCAACGUCAGUGGACUGAAAUUUUGCGGCCUGCUGCUGCCAUGCUCAAAUUUUGCCUGCCGUAUUCUGCCGGACACACCGAGUACCUUGACGGCGAUCUGCAUCUGCCCGUCUGGACAGGACCCACCAGCUCAGAAACUCGGCUCAUCGUCGUGCCGUCCCAGUCUGGCAGAUUUGCAACGCGUGUUUUCGACCACGAGACGUACUCGAAUCGCAUGUUUCAUUUCAACACCGUGACGCGCACCAGCCUGUUCCCUCACAACGUGCGUGGCGUGGGACUCGAUGGAUGCUUUGACUGUGCCUCCGAGGUGCACAUUCUCGAGCAAUACUUGCGCAGCUCUUGCAGCGACGCAUACCGCCGCCAAUUGAGUCGUCGCGAAUUGCGAGCAGACCACAACAGCAGCAUUGCGACGUCUGCAGACGUUCCCACUGAUCGCCUCGUCGCACGCAUGUCGAGCGAAAUAUCCCGCGCCCUGUCGUUCACCCGAACCUUGGCGCUGCCUUCUCGGCGCUAA